CCCAUGAUCGCCGUUGCCGCGCGUGUACCAGGUACGCUUAGAGCCUUAGUGCGCUCGUUGUCGUCGACGUCGUCGACGUUACCGAAUGUGUUAUCGUGGUUCACGUGGUUGUAGCUGUUAGGCCGUGAUCGACGACAACAAUCCGCUGUGGAAGAGAAAGUUUUAUCAGAGGUAACCUCGCCGUUUUCACGAGAUUCCUAUCGCAAUUUCGAUAAGUUCAUUAAAUACUCGGAACGUGAAUCAACGACAAACACGUCGUGAACACGUGAUCUCUCUUGUUCACAUCGCGCGUGAUCCUGACGUCGUUCUCUUCUCGCCUUCGUCCUUGGGUCCUUCGUGAAUAUAUAUAAUCGCACGAUAAUCCGACCGCCACACUGUCAAACGCAAAACCGCUACUAUUUAAAGCAGGAGCAAGGCCAAUGUGUAAGACACAAUGCCUUCAUGCUGCAUAAUAAAUUGCAAAAGUCGGACAUAUUAUGCAGAGAAGAAAGGAAUAAUCUUUUAUAGAUUCCCAAACGAAGAAAACAUUCGUGAGGCAUGGGUAAAUGCUUGUCAAAGGAGCGAAGAGAGUAUAAAAAUUGAUUCUGCAAGAAUAUGCAGUCUUCAUUUUGAUGACGAUUGUUUUAUAACAAAAUGGACAGACUCAAUAAAAGCACCACCAAAACAACUGCGGCGGUUAAAAGUAGGUUCCAUUCCUACAAAAAUGUUAACUUUGGAAAAAACGAGAAAAAGAAAAAUGUCCAACAGUGAUAUAGCAAUCACAAGCAAGAGAAUUAAAGUAUUACAAAGCUUCAGAAUACCAACAUACUCCGAUCUUCUGAAAUGUAAUAAAAGAAAAGAAAAAGAAUCUCGUGAAACAAGUGAAAGAGAAGAAGAAGAAGAAAGAGAAGAAGAAGUAGUUAGUCCAACAUGUAUUCCAAAUGAAAUAGAAGUACAAGAGACUUUUGAAAGAAAUAAAACAGAAGACUGGAAUAAAACAGAAUACUUAUCUUACCUUAUAUACUUACUUUUCAUACUUACCUUUCAUACUUUUUUUUUUACAUGGGGAAAUCUUCCAAAGACACCCUCAUCCCUUGGGCGAGGGACGAGGGUAGUGUGGGAAUCAUUGCCAUGUUUAGCAUCCCAGGCUAAGGUACUGGUAGUGUAUAAUGGAACGCAAUUUAUGAAAGACAUAAUGUAG